UGAGGCGAAACCGCGAAAGCGCAAGAAUGCUAAUUCUGAGCCAAGCUCCCACCGGAGCCCUAUCGGCCACCUGCUCCCGCAAGCCCCCUCUCAAAUUCACCAACCCGAACCCGCCUAUCUUCUCCACCCGAAAGUCCAGGCUCGUCCCCACACCCAACCAACCCUCCAAGUCUCUCAACCUCACCCUCGCUAAAGCCGUCGACGGAAGCCUCGAUUCCACCUCCUCCGCCGCUGCCGUCAAUUCCAAACCCCCACUCCCCAAUCCCUCCACAACUCCCCCUCCGCCGCCGUUAAACAAUGACGAUCAGCCCGUCUUCGUCGGCGGCGAGAGUAUGCCCUUGGAAGGUGUCAUUCAGUUCGACAAGCCCUCCUCCUCUGCUCGUAUCAGAAAAUGGGGUAAGGUGGGGUUGCUCGCCGGUGGAGAUGUUCUGGCUUUGCUGACGUUUGCUGCUAUUGGGAGAUUCAGUCACGGCUUCCCUGUUUUCGACUUUGAAACCCUACGCACGGCUGACCCUUUUAUUGCUGGUUGGUUUCUGAGUGCUUAUUUCCUCGGGGGCUUUGGGGAAGACGGUCGUGGGGAGAAUGGUCUGUCCAAGGCUGUUGCUGCUUCUGCUAAGUCAUGGGCCCUUGGAAUUCCUCUCGGGAUAGUCAUUAGGGCAUCUACAGCAGGUCGCAUUCCCUCGAUUAGCUUUGUGCUGGUGUCAAUGGGGAGCACUGCUGUUCUACUUUUGGGAUGGAGGACGUUAUUGUAUAAACUCCUUCCUGAUGAUAAGAGCAAGAAGAGUGAUGUAUAUCGUCGCGGUAGUCCGUUCGAAUUAUUUGAGUUGCUCACAUCUCUAGUCCGAAGAUGGUGAUGAUAUCGGUUAUUGAAUGGCCGUGGUGGAUACUGAUUCCGACAUCAGCUGUUCUCAUACUUAAGAAGCCGUAUGCAAAGCUAAGAGAAUAGGUUUACUCUGUAAGAAUCUGCUUUCGUGCACUCUUUGGUUGACUGUUAACAGACUGUCAACUAAUGUGUUCGUAGUCAUUCUUUGUAUUCCAUAUAAUUUGACUGAGAAGGUGGCUUAUGAAAGUGGAUCUUUUGCUUUGUUGCAUUCUUACAAAUAUUAGGUAUAUAAGUCACAGAAUCACAUUUGUUG